GGGUAUAGGAAGGUGUGUUGCGCAUGGCUGCCUAAUCGUUGGCGUGGACUUUUUCGUUUCCGUUAUCUAGACAAUUUAUAGCCCUCGAACGUUUUACUUUCAUAACUAAAAGUCAGUAAAGUUUUUUAAAAGACAAUUCCUAAAGUGAAUAAAAAAAAUGUGCUGUUGUCAUCAGUGAAAAAUUAAAAAAUCCCAAUUUUAAAGUAGUAAGCUUGCCACGAUACUCGUGUACAUAUUCAUGUUGGCUUAUUCACUCACAGCGCAAGUACCGGUGCAUGCUGGUGUGCUUACUAACUGAGGGAAGAAGAGGGGGAAAGAGUCUGUUCUGUGCUCAGUGGGAAGAAUCAACGUCAGCCAUCUUAGUGUUGAGAACAGUCGUAGUCUGACAGUACAGUUCUUCUAUAUUCAUGCCGUCGAUUACAUCUUCAAUCGAUCGCCUAUGCUAGUGAAAAACGGAAUAAAUAUUCACGAGGUUGAGGGUUUUGUUGGUUCGUAGUGAUUGCAUCUGCGAGUGAAUUUUUUGAUAAAAACAAACCAAAAUGGAUACUCCGAGAGAACGAGAGAUUGCCGCUGAGGAUAGCAUCAAAGUUGUCUGCAGAUUUCGACCUCUCAAUGAUUCUGAGGAGAAAGCUGGCUCCAAAUUUAUUGUUAAAUUCCCUUCUGGCGGAGAUGACAAUUGUAUUUCUAUCGGAGGGAAAGUUUACCUGUUCGACAAAGUCUUCAAACCAAAUGCGACCCAAGACAAGGUCUACAAUGAAGCUGCUAAGUCAAUUGUCACGGAUGUACUUGCCGGAUAUAAUGGUACAAUUUUCGCUUAUGGACAAACUUCAUCAGGUAAAACUCACACAAUGGAAGGUGUCAUUGGAGAUGCUAAUAAACAAGGAAUCAUUCCAAGGAUCGUUAACGACAUUUUCAAUCAUAUCUAUGGAAUGGAAGAGAAUUUGGAAUUCCAUAUUAAAGUAUCAUACUUUGAAAUUUAUAUGGAUAAAAUUAGAGAUUUACUUGAUGUUUCCAAGGUAAAUUUAAGUGUUCAUGAAGAUAAAAAUCGUGUUCCUUUCGUUAAAGGAGCUACUGAAAGAUUUGUGUCUAGUCCAGAUGAAGUAUUUGAAGUAAUUGAAGAAGGAAAAUCUAAUAGACAUAUAGCUGUAACUAACAUGAAUGAACACAGUUCUCGUUCACAUUCUGUAUUUUUAAUUAAUGUCAAGCAAGAAAAUUUAGAAAACCAAAAGAAAUUAUCUGGAAAGUUAUAUUUAGUAGAUUUAGCAGGUUCUGAGAAAGUUUCAAAGACUGGAGCUGAAGGAACAGUUCUUGAUGAGGCUAAAAAUAUUAAUAAAUCAUUAUCUGCUCUUGGAAAUGUCAUAUCUGCAUUAGCUGAUGGCAAUAAAACUCAUAUUCCUUAUCGAGAUUCAAAGUUAACACGUAUUUUACAAGAAUCUCUUGGGGGUAAUGCUAGGACAACUAUCAUUAUAUGCUGUUCUCCUGCAAGCUUUAAUGAAUCUGAAACUAAGUCUACUCUCGAUUUUGGUAAACGUGCAAAGACAAUUAAGAAUGUUGUAUGUGUUAAUGAAGAAUUGACAGCAGAAGAAUGGAAACGUCGCUAUGAACGUGAGAAAGAAAAGGCUGCAAGAUUAAAGGGAAAAGUAGAGAAAUUGGAGUCAGAAUUGUCUCGUUGGAGACAAGGCGAAACUGUAAAGCCAGAAGAACAAGUGAAUCUGUUAGAAGCAUCUGAUUUAGUAGUAUCUACAGUUGUAGUUGAAGGAAAAGAUGAUGGACCUAUGCCUGCUAUUCCUGGUGGUGGCUUAAUGGCAGGAUCUCUGUCUAACGAAGAACGACAGAAACUCGAAGAAGAACGCGAAAACUUGUAUCAACAAUUAGAUGAAAAGGAUGAAGAAAUAAAUCAACAGUCGCAGUAUGUCGAAAAAUUGAAGGAACAGUUAGAAGAACAAGAAGAAUUGAUUGCAAGUGCUCGAAGGGAUUAUGAACAAUUACAACAAGAGAUGAGCACAAUUAAUCAAGAGACGGAAAGUGCCAAAGAAGAAGUGAAAGAAGUGCUUCAGGCUCUUGAGGAACUUGCUGUCAACUACGACCAGAAAUCACAAGAGGUCGACAUUAAAAACAAAGAAAAUGAAGCUUUAACAGAAGAGCUUCUUGCUAAACAAACUGCCCUCAAUUCUACGACAUCUGAGUUACAACAAUUACGCGAUAUGUCAACUCAUCAGCGUAAACGAACUGCAGAAAUGUUGACAAACUUAUUAAAAGAUCUUGGAGAAAUUGGUGCUGCUAUUGGUGGUGAUGAAAAUUUGAAGUGCCAGAUAACACCUGAUAUUAAUGGUAAAGUAGAAGAAGAGUUCACUGUCGCUAGAUUGUACAUUAGUAAAAUGAAAUCUGAAGUGAAGAACUUGGUGCAACGUUGUCAGGGGUUGGAAACAUUCCAAGCUGAUUGUAAUAAGAAGAUCUGCGAGUAUGAAAAAGAACUUGCCGACUGUAGACUAUUGAUUUCUCAACAUGAAGCACGUAUGCUGACAUUAACGGAAUCUAUGAAAGAGGCCGAAGCACGCAAACGUGCUCUAGAGGAAGAUGUUGAUUCUCUCCGAGAGGAGUGUGCGAAACUCAAAGCAGCAGAACAAGUUCAAGCUGUGAAUAAUAAGGAAAAGGCUGAAGAGGAAGAGGCUGCAACGAAGAUGCGCAUCACCCUCGAAAAACAGAUGGAUCAGUUGCGAGACAUUCACCAGAAACAAGUAGCAACAUUGAGGGAUGAAAUCUCUGAAAAACAAGAAAUGAUCAAUGAACUCAAAGAUCAGAAUCAGAAAUUCAUAUUGGCACAUAACCAAAUUCAAGCUGACUAUGAACGGCUGAAACAAGAAGAGGCUGAGAAAUCACUUAAGUUACAGGAGAUGAUUUUGGUGAAUGAACGUCGCGAACAAGCCAGGAAGGAUCUCAAAGGAUUGGAAGAAACUGUUGGCAAAGAGCUCCAAACUCUUCACAAUCUUCGUAAACUUUUCGUUCAAGAUUUGCAACUUAGAAUCAAGAAGAAUGUAAAUGCUGAAGAUAACGAAGAUGAUGGUGGCUCAUUGGCACAAAAACAGAAGAUUUCAUUCUUAGAAAACAAUCUUGAUCAGCUUACAAAGGUUCAUAAACAACUAGUUAGAGAUAAUGCUGACUUACGAUGUGAGCUACCGAAAUUAGAAAAGAGGUUACGAGCCACAAUGGAACGUGUGAAAGCCUUAGAGACUGCAUUGCGUGAUGCCAAAGAAGGUGCAAUGCGAGAUCGAAAACGUUACCAAUACGAAGUCGAUAGAAUUAAAGAAGCAGUUAGGCAAAAGAACUUGGCACGACGUGGACCUAGCGCACAAAUUGCCAAACCUAUUCGCGCUGGCCAACACCAUGUGAGUGGUGUCAAUGCUAUUCGAACUGGAAAUAGAGAUAUGGAUAGUCACGUUCCGCGGUCGUGAACGUAACCCGAAAUUCUUCACUUUUACAGAAAACGAUCGCAAGAAUGCAUUUGCUGAUGAAAAGAAACGAAUUCCAGAUAUGGAAUUAAUUUACAAUUCUUACACAUAAACGAUAUGGUACACGAAAUAUGGAUACUAGAAGUACUAUAUUUGCAACGAGCACCAUCCGUUUAAUUUAACUAAAAAAAAAUAAAAAUAUUAAAAAAAUGAGCAUGUGCUUAGAUAAUUGCUAAGAUAAAUUUUAAGUUAUUGUGUAAUACUGCAUGUCUCAUCGAUUUGUAAAUAGUUAAUUUUCAUAAAUUAUUUUAUUUAAAUAUCAAGGCGUGCUACAAAAUAUAUUUUGUGAUCGACAAGAAAUUUCUUUCGAUCUUACUGCGUCAAAGUAUUACGUUUCAAGCGCUUUCUACACGCACGAAUUAUAUAUAAACGUUCAUAUGCAAUCUUUUAAGGUUCACAAUUAAAUAAUAUAGUUAGAAAAAUGAAUAAAUAUUUCUUUGUAAUAUUUAACGGGUAAAAUUGUGAAACAAUAUGACAGAUACCCGACGAGCCAAGUUUUGAGCGAUUAUGUAUACCUAAACAUCAACUAAACGUAUAAUUCUUAAUAUCUAAUAAAAAAUCAUGUUUGUACGAAUAUUUGAAUUUUACCAGCACCAUAUAGUUAAUAAAAAGAACAAUUAUUCAAUAAAUAAUACAAGUAAUGAAGUCCGCUUGUAAUGAAGUCCGAUUUGACAUGCAGUUACAAAAAGAUUGUACGAAUGACUGUGGCUUAUUGUGUAAUUUAUAAUCGCAGAAUAAGUGAUUUUUUUUGUAUGGCAACUAUCUGAAUGAUUGUACUCUUUAAAAAUAGGUUUGAUAAACUGAAUCAAUUUAGAGGGCUCACUUAAUUUUCAUUAAGUGUUUUAAGCCUCUCUUUUGUGAUUAAGAUUCAGUAAUUGGAACUGUUUUGAUUAGAGUAAAUAUUUCUAUGUAGUUUAAAAGUAUCUAUUUUUUAUUUCAUUUAUUUCAUCGAUUUCGCUAUAUCCUAUAUCGCGAUUAUUUAUAUUAAUUCAUUAUGUAUUCUUAUUAAAUUCUAAAGACUUUUUAUAGUCAAUUUGAUUAUUACUCAUUUGUUCUCAUAAUAAGUUUUUAACUAUCAUUCAUUAAUUUAUAUUUUUUUCAACUUUUCGUAUCUCGAAUUUAAAGUAAUCUAAUACAUUGCUUUAUUAGAAUUUUCUAAUUAUUCGAAUGUGUGAUAUACACAUAUUUAUUUAUAAUUUAUUUUAUAAUGAUUAUUAUAAAAAAUAACAAAAAAAUUAUGUGAAUUUUUAAUACUAAAGAUUUUUUUUUGUCUUUGGUGCAAUAGUUGGUAAAAAUGUUAAUGAACAUCAUUUCGUAAAAUACAAAUAUAAACUAUUGCUAUCAAGCUAUGAGCUUAAUAAGAUGAUAAAAUGUGCUUUACGUAUUUGGUCGCUGUAAUUUAUAAUUUUUAACUUGCGAGCCACAUGUACUUGACCAUUUUAUGUUAAAAUGAUGCGGUAUCGUUUGUUAUUAAUUUAAGAAUAAAUAUAAAUUCGCAGGCUGUAAAAUUAUUUUUAAAAAUAUGUUUAUACGAGUUUAACAUACUUGUAUACAUUCUUUGCAAUGUUAGGUAGAAACAAAUUUAUAUUGUAUUAAUUUCACAGGCAUUGUAAAGUCUGUAAUCAUGAAUAAUUUAGAAUUUUGCACAGUUAUUCAAAAACAUUUUUUUAAUAUACAUCUUCCAUUGAUUCAUUUUAUUUUCUUUUUAGACAUUUAGUUCGACUAUUUGAGGAAAAAAUUCAUUUAAUGUAAAGAAAAUAAUCUUUAUCUGUAUAUAAUAAUAAUUAUAAUAAUAACAACAAUAAUUCCAUCACUCUAGAAUUUGAAUAUAACGUUAUGUGCUAAUGAUGUUUACGCACCUCUGUGUCACGUACAUCCUAUUGCUGAUCUAAAUUUAAAGGAAUGAACAAUUAUUUGAAGUGAGAUUUUUAAAUAAUGAAAAAACAAAUUCGCAUUUAUUCGUUUUAUCUUUAAUCUCAAAAACAAUUAUUUUUUUAUCGAAAAGAAAAUAACUAUGUGAAUGAAUGUCAAGUAUCGCACCUUUGCCUACCAAAGUCAAAGGUCUAAUGAAAUACAAUGCGACUACUUGAUCGUAUUGUCCUUGUCGAUAUGUUACAUAAUUUUUAUUGUUCUAUGAUAUAAUACCAGAAAGGCAUUGUCACUCUUUUUUAUAGAUGAAUCAAUUUAAUUAAAUAUGUGUUUAUUAAUUAAACGAUAAUUUAAAUCCAUAAUUACUAUCGCCUUUUGAUAUUACUCAGACUUGAUGGAUAUAAGCCACAUGGUCGAGUUUUAACUGAUUUUCAUCAAAUUUAAUGCAUUUAAAUUUAGAAGAAUAAAUUAUUUCUAAAAGACAUUAUUUUUCAGAACACCAUAAUUGUUUUAUCACAAUAAAAUUAUAUCUGAAGUUUAUCAGAGAACUUUGAAACUGUUUUAACGAUUUUUUAUUAAAAAACAAACCUUUCUUAUUUUAGAAAUAAUUUUUUCUACUAAAAAAAAUUUGUUAAUGUUAUGUUACAGUGUCAUUUGAUAAAGAGUUGUCUCUUUUGAUUCCUAAACCUCAGCAUAAAUUAUAGUUAGCAGAUGUCAAUAUUAAUAAAAUUAAAUAAAAAGAAUAUGUCAUAAUUCUUUCUUAAAGGCUCUAAUCCUUCUGUUUUGCGGUGCUCGUCGGAGAUUGAGAGAAUUGGGUGAAAAAAUCUCGUAUUUAUUAAUAAUAAAGAGAGUUUAGAUUAUUUUUCAUCGCUUAGAGAUAAUACUGAAAUGAUAUUGCAAGAAAUGAAAUCUAAUUCAAAUGACGAAAAAAUAAAAAAAAUACUACAGAUACCAUAAAAAUUUUUUGUGCACCAAGUGUAAAACAUUGUUGACAAUGAAGAGGUGGAUCUUUUAUCCAAUAAGUUUGAAUAUACAAUCCGUGCCUUUUUUAAGUAAUUUUUUUAGCUAGGGAUUAUUUUUUUUUUGUAAUUUAUUUAUAAAUAUUAUUAUUUAUAACAUCAUGUGUGCAUUCAAUUUAUAAUAUUAUUGAAUAAAAUUGAGACAUAUUGUAAUACUUAGAUCCACCUCAUUUGAAAAAUAAUAAACAGAGAAAAACGAUACCGAGUAUUUAUGCUAAAAUUUAUUUAGGAUAGAUAUCUUAGAUUGUAUAUGCAGGGUGUAGAAAAGCUCUAGUUGUGGAGUCAUAAUUAUAAUUAAUUAAUUGUAAUACUUAUUACUAUUGAAUUAAAAUUCAUUUGCGAUUA